GUCGUUAGUUCCCCCGAGCAAUCGAGUUGUGUUCCCAGCGAUCGAUCGAUCUAGGUGAGCAUCAUGGUUUCCGCCGACGUGGCCCGCAACAUCGUCGGCAUCAUCGGCAAUGUCAUCUCCUUCGGUCUCUUCCUCUCCCCUGUGCCGACGUUCUGGCGGAUCUACAAGGCCAAGGACGUGGAGGAGUUCAAACCGGACCCCUACCUGGCGACGCUCAUGAACUGCCUGCUCUGGUUCUUUUACGGGCUCCCCAUCGUCCACCCCAACAGCACCCUCGUCCUCACCAUCAACGGCAUCGGUCUUGUCAUUGAGGGCGCCUACAUCAUCAUCUUCAUCAUCUAUGCGGCUAAGAACACAAGGUGGAAGAUGCUGGGCGUGCUCGCCCUCGAGGCGGCGUUCGUGGCUGCCGUGGUGGCCGGCGUGCUCCUCGGUGCCCACACCCAUGAGAAGCGCUCCAUGAUCGUAGGCAUCCUCUGCGUCAUCUUCGGCUCCAUCAUGUACGCCUCCCCGCUCACCAUCAUG